CAGGUCGAUGUGGACACUAAACACGAGUUGGACUUGGCAUUUAGCUGCUUCUUUGAGGGUAUUACAGUAAAAUUAGAGGAGAAAAAUAGAUCUCAAAUCCCGCUUCAUACUCCACCACCGACUUUUUUUAACUUAACCACUUGGUUCAAAGCUGGUAACUAGUCUCACUGAUUCUCUUCCCUUUGAAUUCAUCACCCCCUAUCACUCUCCUUCCUCAAGAUUCUCAGAUCUCAGCAUCUGCAUUGAUCCACAGAUCUAAACCACCGUAUCUUUUUAACUCCACCGACACAUAACAAUGGGGGAGGAGAAAUCAAAGUCAAGAGGAUGGUGCGGUUGGUUCAUAGCUCUCAUUGUAUUAGCUGCCGUUAUCUUCGCCGUUGUCUACAUGGUUAAAUCCAAAAUGAAGAAAUCUGAUGACGGUGAUGGAGCUGGUCCUGUACCUGGACCUCCCGGUGCUAUUGAUAAGAAAUACGCAGACGCUCUCAAACUCUCCUUACAGUUCCUAGAUAUCCAGAAAUCUGGUAGGUUGGUGGAUAAUAAGAUAUCUUGGAGAGGAGAUUCAGGUCUAAAAGAUGGGAGUGAAGCGAGUCUUGAUCUUUCCAAAGGAUUGUAUGAUGCUGGAGAUCAUAUCAAGUUUGGUUUCCCUAUGGCUUUCACUGCUACCGUCUUGUCAUGGUCCAUUCUUGAGUAUGGUGAUCAGAUGGAUGUAGUGAACCAAUUGGAUCCUGCUAAAGCAUCACUUAGAUGGACCACUGAUUACUUCAUCAAAGCUCAUCCUUCUGAUAAUGUUCUCUACAUUCAGGUGGGAGAUCCAAAGAUAGAUCAUCCAUGUUGGGAGAGACCAGAGACAAUGAAAGGGAAGAGACCACUUAUCAAAAUCGAUGCAGACACUCCAGGGACUGAGGUUGCUGCUGAAACUUCUGCAGCCAUGGCUUCAGCGUCUUUAGUCUUCAAGGACAGCGAUCCUCAGUACUCAGCUACUCUUCUGAAACACGCAAAGCAGUUGUUUGAUUUUGCAGACACUAAGAGAGGCUCUUACAGUGUCAACAUACCAGAGAUUCAAGACUAUUACAAUUCCACAGGGUAUGGUGACGAGCUUCUGUGGGCAGCUAGCUGGUUAUACCACGCAACAGAGGACAAAACUUACCUUGACUAUGUUACUAAGAAUGGAAAUGAGUUUGCUAGUUUUGGUAAGCCAUCUUGGUUCAGUUGGGACGACAAGCGUGCAGGAACACAGGUGCUGUUAUCAAGGCUACUCUUCUUUAAGAAAGAUUUGUCUGGAAACAAGGGACUUGCUAGUUACAGGGAUACAGCUAAAGCAGUCAUGUGUGGUCUCUUACCAAAAUCUCCAACAGCUACAACUAGUAGAUCAAGCGGUGGUCUUGUAUUGGUCAGUGAGUGGAACGCGCUGCAACAAUCAGUUUCUGCAGCUUUCUUAGCCUCACUGUUCAGUGAUUACAUGCUCACUUCCCGUCUCCAUAAAAUAUCUUGCAACGGGAAGAUCUUUAAAGCAACAGAGCUUAGAGACUUCGCCAAAUCACAGGCUGAUUACAUUUUGGGGAAGAAUCCAAUGGGAAUGAGCUUUGUGGUUGGUUAUGGAGACAAGUAUCCAAAGUAUAUCCAUCAUAGAGGCGCUUCGAUACCUGCAGAUGCAACAACAGGAUGCUUAGAUGGGUUUGAGUAUUUUAACUCGACUAAACCAAACCCAAAUAUAGCAUUUGGUGCACUAGUGGGUGGACCUUUCUUAAACGAGACGUUCCUUGACGCAAGAGACAAUGUGAGGCAGAACGAGCCAACUACUUAUAACAAUGCCUUACUCGUUGGUCUCAUGUCUAGUCUUGUUACUACCUCUUCUGCUCUACAGUCAUUGAAGUGAGACUUUUUGUAUUAUUAAGAGCCUACCCUUUGUUAAAAUCUCACAUUGCUUCAUUUAUUUUUGUCUUACGUAUGUGUGUGUAUUCACGUUGUGUAUUGCGUGUGAUAUGUUGAUGAGUGUUGAUGAAAAUUUUCAGGAAAACAAAACAGAAAUACCUAA